AUGAAAAUAACUAAUUUAAUUGAUCAUAUACAAUCAGAUAAUAAUGAGAUAGAACUAGAAAUAAGUGAUGGUAAGUCUUUGACAAUAAAACCAUUGCAGUCAUGUUUCAUAUUAGUUGAGAAUCGGUCUAAUUUACAAUCAUUUUUGAAAAGAAAUAAAAACGUAUUUGAUCAAAAUUCAUUAAAUAUUACAACUCAAAAAUUAAAAUCAACGGCAACAAAAUUAUCAGUUAAGUCAAUAGGAGAUUUACUCAAUCAACUACGUGAUAUCUCAAAUGGUGUCCAUGGUAUUCUAGAUUUUCCUCAGCAAUUGAAACUAAUAAAGAUCAAUAAUUUAUCAGAUUUUUAUUGGGAUCUACAAAUAUUGAAUCAAAGAAAUUUCUCAAAUUUUGAUUUAGAUAAAUUUUAUUCAAGCAAUGAAAUAUACAAAGAGCUUGGAAUUUUGACGAAGAAAAUUUAUGAGAAAUAUAAUUGCGCUAUAUUAGUUUGCAGCUAUGAUGUUUCAUUUGAAAAUGGUUUGAAUUCAGAUAAACCGUACUACUAUAAAUCUGAAAUUCAAAGAUACUCAAAAUUACCUACUACAUUUUUGGAGCUGUUUAGUCAUUUCCUACAUUUCUCAACUUCAAUAGAAGAGUUUAAAAGAGAUGAGAAUAAAUGGAAUUUAGUGUGA